AAUAGAGGUACUGAACCACCAGCUAUAUUGGCAAGUCGGCAAAACUGGUUGAUUAAUGGGGCUCAAGCUCCCAACAGCAAUACUUGUCUCCCAGGUGGCCAAGCUAGGCUCCCUCCUCAUUCUCUUCCUUCUCGUGCUGCUCGUGCCUGCCUUCCUCAGGGUCCCGUAUUGCUACCUUCUCUUCAACGCCAUUGUCCUGGUGCUGGGCAUCCAGGCCGGCCUCCUGCGCCGCGGAAGCACCAUGACCUCUUCCGAUCCUAUCGCCGAGGAAGACCGGUACCGGUAUUCGCGGACUGAUCAGGAUGCCACGCCUGUCAGUAUCGCAACUUCACCGUUUCAGAGCGCUAGAUCAGUCCAUCCCAACGACCAAACGGCGGUGUCAGAUGAUCAUGCGGUACCUGCCUUUGGAGCAAGUAAGAUAGUUGACCUGCAGACCAAGACCAAGACCAAGAAGGUUGUGCUGACGAUGCUGAUGAAGAAGUGCCCGUCGGCGGCGAGCAUCUUCUUCCUCAGCGCGCUGAACGGCAGCCGAGACAGUGGGGAGGAGAAGGAAUGCGAGGAGGAGCAGGAGGAUUGUAAAGUCGACGUGGACGACGGCGAUGCGACAAUGUCUCGGCAGGAGCUGUUUGCCAACACGGAGAGGUUCAUCGGGAACUUCCGCAAGGAGCUCAGCAUGCAGAGGCAGUAGCUCUCGAAGCAAGAUUUGGCUUUCCUUUUCUUAUUGCUACUAGGGUGAUACUUGAUAGCACGCUUCGCCGCGCCGGUUGUUGUGUUGUGUGGGAAAACAUGAGAUGAGAGAGAUAUGAGAGAGAUGUGACUGUAGUUUUGGUAUUAAGUAUUGAGGAAAUGCACUUUAGCAGUUCAACUCUAUCAUAAGUUAAAUAUUGAUA